GAAGUCGAUACGUGGCCGCCGCCUGUCCCCGCUGAGGAGGCGCAGCAGGCGGAGAUGGCGGCGGUGCUGAACGCAGAGCGACUCGAGGUGUCCGUCGACGGGCUCACACUAAGCCCGGACCCGGAGGAGCGGCCCGGCGCAGAGGGCGCCCCGCUGCUGCCGCCGCCGCUGCCGCCGCCCUCGCCUCCCGGGUCCGGCCGGGGCCCGGGCGCCGCAGGGGAGCAGCCGGAGCCCGGGGAGGCGGCGGCUGGGGGCGCGGCGGAGGAGGCGCGGCGGCUGGAGCAGCGCUGGGGCUUCGGCCUGGAGGAGCUGUAUGGCCUGGCGCUGCGCUUCUUCAAAGAAAAAGAUGGCAAAGCAUUUCAUCCAACUUAUGAAGAAAAACUGAAGCUUGUGGCACUGCAUAAGCAGGUUCUUAUGGGUCCAUAUAAUCCAGACACUUGUCCUGAGGUUGGAUUCUUUGAUGUGUUGGGCAAUGACAGGAGGAGAGAAUGGGCAGCCCUGGGAAACAUGUCUAAAGAGGAUGCCAUGGUAGAGUUUGUCAAGCUCCUAAAUAGGUGUUGCCAUCUCUUUUCAACGUAUGUUGCAUCCCACAAAAUAGAGAAGGAAGAGCAAGAAAAAAAAAGGAAGGAGGAGGAAGAGCGAAGGCGGCGUGAAGAGGAAGAAAGAGAACGUCUGCAAAAGGAGGAAGAGAAACGUAGGCAAGAAGAGGAAGAAAGGCUUAGACGGGAGGAAGAAGAGAGGAGGCGAAUAGAAGAAGAGAGGCUUCGGCUGGAGCAGCAAAAGCAGCAGAUAAUGGCAGCUUUAAACUCGCAGACUGCCGUGCAGUUCCAGCAGUAUGCCGCCCAGCAGUACCCAGGGAACUACGAACAGCAGCAGCUUCUCAUCCGCCAGUUGCAGGAGCAGCACUACCAGCAGUAUAUGCAGCAGCUGUACCAAGUCCAGCUUGCACAGCAGCAGGCAGCAUUACAGAAACAACAGGAAGUAGCAGUAGCUGGGGCUUCUUUGCCUACAUCAUCAAAAGUGAAUACAACUACGCCAAGUGAUAUGAUGUCAGUGAAUGGACAGGCCAAAACCCACACUGACAACUCUGAAAAAGAGCUUGAACCAGAAGCCGCAGAAGAAGCCCUGGAGAAUGGACCAAAAGAAUCUCUUCCAGUAAUAGCAGCUCCAUCCAUGUGGACACGACCCCAGAUCAAAGACUUUAAAGAGAAGAUUCGGCAGGAUGCGGAUUCCGUGAUUACAGUGGGCCGAGGAGAAGUAGUCACCGUUCGAGUACCCACCCAUGAAGAAGGAUCAUAUCUCUUUUGGGAAUUUGCUACAGACAAUUAUGACAUUGGGUUUGGGGUGUAUUUUGAAUGGACAGACUCUCCAAACACUGCUGUCAGCGUGCAUGUCAGUGAGUCCAGCGAUGACGACGAGGAGGAAGAAGAAAACAUCAGUUCUGAAGAGAAAGCCAAAAAGAAUGCCAACAAGCCUCUACUGGACGAGAUUGUGCCUGUGUACCGGCGGGACUGUCAUGAAGAGGUGUAUGCUGGCAGCCACCAGUAUCCAGGGAGAGGAGUCUACCUCCUCAAGUUUGACAACUCCUACUCUUUGUGGAGGUCAAAAUCGGUCUACUACAGAGUCUAUUACACGAGAUAAAGAUGUUACAGAGGCUGGAGUCUAGGGUUGGGCAGAAGAUGGCAUUUAAUUCGGAAAUAUCUUUUGACUUUGGUGGAGCGUUGCAGUCUGUGUUUACGCUAUUGAUUUCGGUCUGAUGGUUUGUGACUCUUCUUGGGAAUCAGGAUUUCCUUGAAACUCUUGAGCAUUAGUACUUUGGGGUUAAAGGGACUCCUCAGACUCAUCCAGCCCUUUGGUGCUGACCAGCAGAGUCACAAGUGGAUGCUGAUGUUACAUGAGCUACAUGUUAAAUUUUUAAAGUCUCCGAAAUAAAACAGCUCCACAUUGACCCCACCUGGCUGAUGGUUAGUGCAUUGCUGCCUGCUCUGUCUGUGUUUUAUGAGAGCACAUAGUUCCUUUACAGUGCCCUCUGAGUUGAAAUCCUGUGUUAAUAGUCUACAUGAGGUACAUCUGACCUUGAUCGAAGGUCACCAUUUUUAAAACUUAAAAACUUAAGACCUCACGGAUUAUAAUAGAAAAAGAAAUUGCCUCAACUUGAUCUUGUUCUGAAUGACCCAGAUUGUUUUUGCUUUGGGUGCAGCUGUUUAGUUUGGAGUUAUAUUACAGAUAAUUAUUUUCUGAAUAACCUUAAUAUAGAAAGUUCAAACCUGAUAAUUGAAGUAUCAAGAUACAUAGAACACUUCAAACAUCCAUCUUAGCACGCCUCCACAAACUCUUGGCCCUUUUCUCUUCAUCUGGUAUUCAUAACUACCAGUAGCAAUGCAAAAUUGAUUCAUUUUUGCCUUGAUUUGGCUUUAUAGAGCAUCUCAAAUUGAAACUGUUUUCUACACAAGCAUAUAGUUAGGGAUUUUGUAAACUUAAAAUGACACCUACUGAAUUAAAAUAUAUAAAAUCAUUUAAAUAUAAUUCAGUGUAUGGGGAAUAACAUUGCACUAAUAUGGAAAUCACUGCCAGAGAUAGUCCAUUUUCUUUUGAUUUGAUACUACUUAGGCAUACACCCUACAUGAUUCCAGUGGGGAAUUACGAGAAAGAGUUGGAAAUGCGUAUGCCUGUACUUAAAUUUUUUUAUAGCUUUAAUCUGUAUUAUGUCUUCAUUGAUGGAAAGAGGUACAUCUUUGUUUUCCUUACUGAAAACAAAUAUGGAUUAAUUGCCUCAAAUUUGUAUAAGUGAUUGACUCGUCUGGAGGUUCUUGUUUUCAGAAGGGAGGGUGGUAUAGAUAGAAAAAUCACAAAGAUGGCAAUAUACACAUAAUGCUGUUACUAUAUGUUGUUACUGAAAUACUUAGAUUUUUAAAAUUUCAAAUCACAAAUCACUUCUUGUAGGAGGGUUUCCAUUGAUUAGCUGCAGCGUAUACAAUUCACUACAUAUGAGGCUGUUUGUUUUUCUUGUGCUGCAUUUCUUUCUGUUUUUCAAUACCUGGUUUUGUACAUAUCUAACUCUGUUGUCUUUUGGUUGUUCAGAAACUGGAUUAUUUUCUCCUAAGCGAUGCUUAAUGUGUGUUUUUUAAUUUUGAUUUCAGUAGUCCCAGCUUAUGGAUGUCCGUACUGUUACACCAGAAGGUUUGUCAAGCUGUCCAUCAGCUCUCAUGUGUACAUGGUGUAGAAACCUUGGGGUUAGGCACUUCCUGGCUUUUUUUUUUAAUGAGAAAACACUGUAUUUAAAAUGUAAAAUAAACUUUUAAAAAGCAGGCACUAAUAUAUAUUUCUUCCAGCCUUUGAUUACAGAUUUCUCCUUGCACAUGUUAAGAUGAAUUAUCCUCUAAAAAUAUUGUUCUUGGGAGCAGUGUAUGUUACUUGACAUAGCGGCAAUUCCUGUCACAUGUUCAUGUCAGAACAUUUUUGGUUUUAAACUUUUUUAUUGCCUUUGGCUGUUGAUUAGUAUAUUACAAGUGCGAUUUCAAAAAGAUCUUGAAAAUAAUAUAUUUAAUCAAUUAAAAUGUUUAUCUGUA